AUGGAGAAUCCGUCUGGAAGUCGCGCCCCCAACAAGCUGGAGCAAACCCAGGCUCAGGUGAAUGAAGUUGUGGGGAUUAUGCGAGUCAAUGUCGAGAAAGUGCUCGAAAGGGACCAGAAAUUGUCCGAGUUGGACAGCAGGGCUGACGCCCUGCAAGAAGGGGGCAAACGCUUCGAGCAACAAGCGCAGAAACUGAAGCGGAAGUACUGGUGGAAGAACCUGAAAAUGAUGAUUAUUUUGGGGGUCAUUGGGUUGGUGAUUUUGAUCAUCAUCAUUGUCUCAGUUUCAAACUCAGUAGGCGGCGACUCCACCACUAAAUCAGUUGAAGCCACGCCAGCGCCCACUCCGUGAAAACCGUAAAAAAUCAAUCAAACGUGGAAGUGCCUUGGGUUAAUGCACAAAUAUGUCUAGUUUUAUGUUAUUAAAUAUUUAAAAAUAUUUUAUUAUAGUUCAGUAUUGUGAUGUUUCAAUAUAUUAUUUUUGAUGUAGAA